AACGAGAGCAAAGUCCAAAGUUUCGAUCCCAUUUCACGAAUCAAAACAUGUGUGGAGUUGUUCCUUUUACUCUCAUCUCUUCUCAGGAAAAAUCAUUCCUUCUCUCACAUACUUGCACACCCACACUCCACUAAAGAGUUGAAAAUCGAAAACACAACCAGAAGAUCCAGAAACCUCUUGAUUUUCAGUAAAUUGGGUUUUUCCGAUUCCCCUUGAUUUUCAGUGAAUUGGGUUUUUCCGAUUCCUCUUGAUUUUCAUAUAGAUGGCGUUGGCCUUCGUCGGAGGGGCUGCUUUGGGAGCAGCAUUUGGUGAACUACUGAAAGCUGUUGUUGAUGUCAAAGACAAAGCCAUCACCUUCAAGUCCAACCUCGACCGGCUCGAAUCAAGACUCAAUUCGCUCGCACCGAUUAUGCGUGAGAUUGAGAAUUUGGACCGAGAGUUGGACAUUUCUCCGGAAGAAACCAAAAUGUUCACCGAUCGGUUGAAAGAGGCCGCGAAGCUGGUCCGCAAGUGCUCGCAGACCAAGGGUUUGAAAUUCUUCAAGAGGCCUUCGUACUCGAAGAAGCUUCUCGAAUUUGAAGAUUUGCUUGUGAAAUUCUUUCAGACGGAUGUGCAAGCAAUGCAGACAAGAGAUAGCAGGAAGGCUCUGGUGAAAGUGAAUGAAAUUGAUGGGAAAUUGGAUAGAAUCUGGUCGGAUGUGAGGAAAGGUCGACAGGUUUGUGAUUCGAAUGUGUUUGUAGGUUUGUGCGGAGCUCUGAAAGUUUCGGAUUUUAUUAUUGGAUUAGAUGCGCCACUUCAAGAAUUGAAGAUGAAGUUGCUGAAGGAUGGUGGACAGGUGGUCGUGCUUUCGGCUCCCGGAGGAUGUGGGAAGACUACCUUGGCCAAAAUGCUCUGCCAUGAUGUUGAAAUUGAAGGAAAAUUUCAGGACAAUAUUUUCUUUAUCACGGUUUCGAAGUCACCCAAUCUCAAGGUCAUUGUUCAAAACAUGUUUCAACAUAAGAACUUUCAGGUGCCUGAGUUUCUAAAUGACGACGAUGCAAUCAACAAAUUGGGAAACUUUCUGGUGAAUCAAUUAGGAACAAGUCCUAAGUUGUUGGUCCUGGAUGAUGUAUGGUCUGGAUCAGAAUCCCUUAUUCAGAAAUUCAUGAUCCCAAUACCAGAAUACAAAAUAUUGGUUACAUCAAGAUUUGUAUUUCCUAGAUUUCAUUCUACAUGUAAAUUGGAACUGUUAAAUGAUGAAUAUGCCAUGGCUGUUUUUCGAAAUUCAGCAUUUCCUCAAGGUGAGAGCUCCAACAUACCAGAAGAUCUUGUCAACAAGAUAGUGAGAGGUUGUAGGGGAUUCCCACUGGCCCUUACAGUGGUUGGUGGAUCGCUAUGUGGACAACCUGAGGUGAUCUGGAGACGUACACUAAAUCAAUGGUCUGAAGAAGGGCAAUCCAUUUUUGAUUCUAGCAGUGAUCUACUUAUUCAUCUCCAAACUAGUGUCGAUGCCUUGGGCGAAAAAAUUAAAGUCAAGGAAUGCUUCCUGGACCUAGGUUCAUUUCCUGAAGAUCAAAGGAUCUCUGCCACCGCUCUUAUCGAUAUUGGGGUGGAACUACAUGACCUAGAUGAAAUCUCUGCUCUUGCCAACAUCCAUGAUCUGUUCACCCGAAAUUUGGUUAAUCUUGUGCUUACAAGGAAAGAUGCAAGUGAGGUUGAUGGCAGUGAGCAUUUUGUCAUGCAGCAUGAUCUGCUGAGAGAGCUGGCUAUUCACCUAAGUAGCCAAGAGCCUGUAGAACAGAGGAAAAGGUUAAUUAUGGAGAUAAGAGGAAAUGACCUUCCCAAGUGGUUGAUUGAACAAAUGCAGAAACCCUUACAAGCCCAACUCUUGUCCAUCUCUACAGAUGAAGCAUUCUCCUCAAACUGGUGCAAUAUCCAACUACCUGAAGUUAAAGUUCUAAUAUUGAAUUUCUGGACAAAGAACUACGGCCUACCUGAAUUCAUGGAGGAAAUGGACCAAUUGAAGGUUCUGAUCAUCACAAAUUAUGGUUUCUGCCCAGCUAAACUGAGCAACUUUCCUCUACUUGAUUCUUUGUCCAGUCUAAAGAGAAUCAGACUAGAGAAUGUUUCAGUUUCUUCCCUUGGUAAAUCCACGUUACAAUUCUGGAAUUUACAGAAAAUAUCCUUAAUUAUGUGUGAGAUUGGCGAGGCCUUUACAAACUGUACCAUUGAUAUCCCCCACAUGUUCCCAAAUCUUGUGGAGAUUGAUAUUGACUGUUGCAUUGAUCUAGUUAAAGUGCCUAAGGGUCUUUGUGGUAUUGCCUCCCUUAAAAAGCUCAGGAUCACUAAAUGUCAUGAUCUGGAAGAACUUCCUGAAGAAUUGGGAAAGCUAACAAGUUUAGACAUACUGAGGCUUCAUGCCUGUACAAACCUUUUGGAGCUACCAAAAUCAAUUGGAAGUCUCCAUGAAUUAAGAGUUCUUGAUAUAUCUGAUUGUUUAAGCAUGAGUCAGUUGCCAAUGGGGAUCGGUGGGUUGCGUGGUUUGGAAAAGCUUGACAUGAGAGGUUGUGAAUUUCAUAAGUUGCCGCCAUCGGUAAAGGAUCUUUUAAAAUUAGAGGAGGUAAUAUGCAACAAAGAGGCUUCUGAUCUCUGGGAACCUUUUAAGACUCAUGUCACCAAUUUGAAGAUAAAUGUGCUUGAUGAAGACAUCAAUUUGAACUGGCUUCCCAAUCUUCACUUCUGAGAAACCAUAAGAAAAUGGUGUCUAACCUGAGAGCCCGUCGGAGAUGGUGGCUUAUGUCUCAUCUCCGGCGGCAGUCCAUCAUCCCCUCAAAAGAGUCUCUCUCUGUCGAUCCUCGUCACCAGCGAGGUUGCCAUCAGCACGUUCAUCUGCCAUCAGACCAGGAAAAGACAAGGCUCUGAUACCAACUGACGUAAGCGGAAGCGAUAAAUUUGUUCACAAGGAAUAGUUUACUUUGAAUCCACAAAGUAGAUGUUUUUAAUCCACAAAACAAAGGAUAAUUUCAGAGAAAUCUGAUAUUUGUAUUGAUAAUUGAAUGAAUGAUCUGCUCUGCAAUACAUGUAUUUGUAAAUAAAAACCCUAACAGCAUAAACGAAAUCCUAAAAAUGUAAGGACAUUAGCAGCGCAAGGAAACUGCUCAAAAACAAACUUUCUGUGAAUAUUUUGUAAAAAUAAUGAAAGAAACUUAAUUACUAAAAACUACUAAAUACCAAAAAAGAAAGCAAAUAGAAUUCGUUUAGUCUUCUAACGAAAAUCCUGAAAUAUUCAAAAAUGAGAAAUCGCCAUUCCCGAGCCCUAAACGAUUAAAUUCGGCCAAAAGGCGACCUACCUUGGCAGCAAAGCUGCCAAUAUCUACGUGUUGGGCCAGUUUCUGAUAAAAUUGGGCUCUUUCUGGGUUAAAACUGCACACUUUGGGAUCAGCCCAAAAAAUUUGUCAGUAUGCCCAUUUGGCCCCCUGGCGGUCCAAACAAGCCAUAAAGGCUUCAGCAAUCAGUUUUACAUCACUCAGCACUUUUGACAUUGCCGAGGACGCAGCCAUGGCAUAUGAUCGUGAGGCCUUUAAGUUGAGAGGUGAGAACGCUAGGCUCAAUUUCCCCGAACUCUUCCUUAAUAAAGACAAAGACACAGCUGCAGCAUCAGCAGUAUCAACAGAACCUAGUUCAUCCUCUUCUUCUCCUCCUACUCCCCACGAAAGUUCAAUGCCAAGCCAGAACUCGAAGCAGCCUCAGCAAGCUCCUGAAGGCCUUGAUUUGCAGGCCUCCAAUACAGAAUCACUGCCACCUACUCGAGGAGAUAGUGUCGGUGAUGAUACCAGAUUGGGAUCGAGUGAAGCCACGGCAAGUGAUGGAGUUGAGGUGGUUGCAGGAGGUUCUGGUGCAGGGGAAGGUAGUUUGGAGUCGACAGAAUUGGUUUGGGAUGAAAUGGCAGAGGCUUGGUUCAAUACAAUUCCAGCAGGUUGGGUCCAGGUAGCCCAGUUUGGGAUGAUUCGGAUGCAACCAAUAAUCUUCUGUUACCUUCAAACCAUCCUUUUGCCAAUGCCAAUCACCAGGAAUUUCAUGACUCUGAUCCGCAGAAGCAACAAGCCAAUUUUGGUUCAGCUCCGUCCUCCUCAUCUUCAUCAACCAUGAAGCCCUUCUUCUGGAAGGACAGGAAUGAAUAGUCACCCACAAGAAGCUACCUUAGCUUCAGCUUUGCAGAUGACAAAGGGUAGUACUCCCACUCUCUCUCUCCCUCUCUCUCUCUCACACACACACAUAUCUUGGAGAACAGUUUUUAGACAAUGUCCUCAGAUUUUUCCACUGGUUGCAAAAUUUUCAGAAAAAACAGCCUGUGAUUUUUGCCUCAUUUCAUUUCAAUUCUCCUUCUGAUCCUCAGUGCUCAGCUCUCCUUUCUCAUUUUCUUCUCACUGGUUGCUGAUUUUUGACAAAACAACCUGUGAUUUUCUUUGGAGCAUUGUUACUUGUUUCUUCACAACAACUAUCAGCCCUUGAUUCUUAUUCACAAAUAGAUCAACACAUUUUUACAGCUUCCCUCCACCACCAUAUUCUACUCUACACAAAGGCUGCAUAUUUCUUAAGCCUUGUGGCAGUAUCAGUUCACAACAUGCAUUAGGGCUUGUCCCCUUUUUGUUCUCUCUUGCAGUAGUACUAGUAUGUUCCUAGGUAGUGUCAUUAUGUAGCAUAAUAAGUAUGUUAUUUAGUUUCAUUUUGGAUAUUAUUGUUGUUAUGGAGAUGUUGAUUUAGUAUAGGACCAGCACAGAGGGAGACAGUUUUGUGAUCUUCUUCUCCAUUGGUCCAUCCAUCGCUGGCUCUGUUUUUUUUUUUUU